AGGAAGUUAUGAAUGGAGAAAUCAUCAAAGAGGUCUUGGAGAAAGGAGAAAGGCCCCUGUCAAUUUACUGGGGUACUGCUACAACAGGUCGCCCCCAUGCAGGAUACUUGGUACCCGCCAUGCAGAUUGCUAGCUUUUUGCAGGCCGGCUGUAGUGUCAAGGUCUUACUUGCCGACAUCCACGGCUUCCUCGACAACUUGAAGGCGCCUAUCGAGCUGGUCAAGUUCAGAGCUGAGUACUACCGACACUGCAUCACAAGUCUCUUGAAGGCUGUCGGCGUGAACAUUGAGAGACUGGAGUUUGUGCUCGGAUCGUCCUACCAGUUGACUCCCGAAUUUAACAUGGACAUGUACCGUCUGCACUCUGUCGUGUCCUCUCACGAUGCUAAGAAGGCCGGUGCCGAGGUUGUCAAGCAAACAGACAAUGCUCCUUUGAGUGCACUGAUCUACCCCAUCAUGCAAUGCCUCGAUGAGCAGUACCUAGGAGUUGACUGUCAAUUCGGCGGCGUGGAUCAACGCAAGAUCUUCGCGCUUUCCAAGGAGGUACUCCCAAAGAUUGGCUACCGUGAGCGUGCUCAUCUCAUGAACACCAUGGUUCCAGGUCUCACUGGCGGCAAGAUGUCGAGUUCCGAACCCGACUCAAAGAUUGAUCUCUUGGAUGGUCCCGAGAUCAUCAAGAAGAAGAUCAAGAAGGCAGUCGCUGCACCCAAGGUCGUUGAGGACAACGGUAUUCUCAGCUUCGUUGAGCACGUCCUCCUCCCCGCAAGUGCCCUGAAGAAUGGCGAGCCCAAGUUCGUCGUUGAGCGCAGAGAAGGCGAGCCUCUCGUCUAUGACUCUAUUGAGAAGAUUCACGCCGACUACCGCGAGGACAUCCUAUCUCCCCAAAACCUCAAGCCUGCCGUUACCGAUGCCCUGACCAAGCUUCUCGCUCCCAUCCAAUCAGACUUCGAGUCCAACGAGGAGUGGCAGAAGGUUGAGAAGCUGGCUUACCCUCCUCCUCCUGCACCCGAGAAGAAGGUCAAGGUCAAGAAGGACAAGGGCUCCAAGUUCCCCGGUGCCGCCAAGAAGGAUGUUGUUGCUCAGCCUGAUGGUCAUGUUGAGGGUCCUGGCAGUGCUGAGGUCAAUGUUGGUAAGGCUGAGGAAGCGCUGAAGAACUUGGAUGUUGAGCAGAAGUAAAAUUCAGCCUGACUACAACACUACGGAAUCCGAUAAACAACAUCGCGCAUAUCGCAGAAAAUAAACAGAGGAGGACAUUCAAAAAUUCGUUGAUGCUUGGCAGAUCAAAAAAGAAAAUGCAAUUUGUUUGCCCGCACCCUCACGAAAAAUUGCUGUCACCAAGAAGAGAAAGAAGUCACAAACAGCAUCUCUGCCAAACCCAAAAGCGAUGUCUUUCAUAUUUAGAGGUCACUCUUUCCCUAAGUUCAGGGCAGAAUUGCGUGCUCGACGGAUGGAUUUACGUGACAGGCGGGGUCACCACAUCUCGUCUUCCCACCUAUCCAUCUAACAUCACUCUGCAAAGCUAUGGCGACAUGUACACUGCUUCCGUUUCGCUAUGCCAAUCGCUCAACAGACUUUGGUUAUCUAAGCAACUGUGGAUUUGUUGAUCCUUCUGCUGAG